CAAUGACAGUUUAGGCAUAACCGGUUUCUCCCAUUCCCCCUCAACGCGGCACUUGUGACGUCACUCGGCAUGGGCGUGGUUUGCUGACACCGCCGUGCUGCUGCUGCUGCGACCUGACGCCAAACAUGGCAGCGAACACGUCUCACAGCGUCGUGGAGUACUUCGGGGGGGAUUCCGGUUACCGGUGCGGCUACUGCAAACACGAGGGGGGGAACUUCUCCCACGGGAUGUGGUCUCACACCAUGACCGUGCAGGACUACCAAGACCUCAUCGACCGAGGCUGGAGAAGAAGUGGGAAAUACGUCUAUAAGCCCACAUUGGACAAGACGUGCUGUCCACAGUACACCAUCAGAUGUCAUGCGCUGAAGUUCCAGCCUUCCAAGUCCCACAAGAAAGUCCUGAAGAAGAUGAGCAAGUUCCUCUCCAAAGGGGAGCUCCCCACCGGCCAGGAUGACGGGGAGCCGAUGGACUCGCUGUGUGGCGAAGCAGCUCCUCGGGAGGCGAGUCACGUCUGCCGCCCUGAAGUGACGCCUGCUGCGAUCGCAGACAUUCAGCAGGAGGGACCGGAGAGGCCCGACAUCACUGGAGCUCAGCAGGAGGUCCAAGAGAGCCCCGGACCGGACGACUCGCAGACGUCCAGGAAGAACCCCGAGUCUGUCGCGGCUGAGAGGACAACCGCCGCAGCUCCUCAGGCCGGGAGGGGGGCGGACCCCGGCCGGCCGCCGCGCCGCAAGGCCAAAGACUUGAGAAAGGAGCGGCGCCUCCAGAAGGAGGGCGGGCGCCACGCCGACGCCGCGCCCGCCGCGCCCCACCGCCCCAAAGCGCUGGAGGACUUCCUCAGGGAGGCGCUGCCCGACGGCGCUCCUCAUCGCCUCGAGGUGAGGCUAGUGCGCUGCAAUCCCCCUAGCCCGCAGUUCAAGGCCUCGUUCGACGCCUCCUACCAGGUGUACAAACUCUACCAGAUGGCCGUUCACCAGGACCCUCCUGACAAGCCCUCCGAGAGCCAGGUGAGGCUCGUGCCGGUCAGCUUUGAGGACCCUCAGUUCAGCGCGUCCUAUCAGCAGUCGGUGGCGCUGUACGCCGGCUACCAGAUGGCCGUUCAUGGCGAUGACCCCAGCGAAUGUAGUGAGAGCGAGUUCCGGAGGUUUCUCUGUGAUUCACCACUAGAGGCGGAGCGGCCCCCUGACGGACCCCAGGACGGCUACGGCUCGUUCCACCAGCAGUACCUUCUGGACGGGCGCCUGGUGGCGGUGGGCGUGGUGGACGUGCUGCCCACCUGCGUGUCCUCCGUCUACUUCUACUACCACCCGGACUUCGCCUCGCUGUCCCUGGGCUCCUACUCUGCUCUCAGGGAGAUCUCCUUCACCAGGCGGCUGCAGCUGCAGUCCCCCAGGCUGUGCUACUACUACCUGGGCUUCUACAUCCACUCCUGUCCCAAGAUGCGCUACAAGGGCCAGUACCGGCCUUCGGACCUGCUGUGCCCCGAGACCUUCGCCUGGGUCCAGAUCGAGCGCUGCCUGCUGCAGCUGGAGAGCGCCCGCUACGCUCGCUUCAACCCGGAUCCCGAUGCAGGUGACCCCCGGCGGCUGCAGGACGUGGGCAGAGCCCUGGUGCUCCACCGGGGCGCCGUGAUGCCGUACGCCGCCUACUCACGCAAACGCAAAAGCUCCAGCGACGAGGCGGAGGUGCGGCAGUACGCCGACCUCGUGGGCCAGGGCGGCGCCGAGAGGAUCCUGCUCUACCGCGCCUAGAGCGCGUUCAGGAUCAACGCAGUAGCCAAUCACAGGGCACCAUUCACCCAUCGGCCUCAUCGUCAUCCAGCUGUUCCCCGUCUGCAGCCUUCUGAUUGGCCCUCGCCAUCAAGUCCUCGUAUCACUGUGUGAGCUGACGGUGAUGUCACACGUCUCUCCUGACUCGUUGUAGCUCCUCCCUUAAUCACUUCAUCAUCAGCGUUGUUCCUGUUCUCAUCGCUGCUUAGCAACUCACUUCCUGUUAAUGUUAUA